AUGGCCGCCGAAUCUUCAGAUGCUCCAUCGGAAUAUCUGACUUGGGAGGACCAGAAAGAAGUUAUGUCGCUCUUAAUCGAGCAGUCCUUGGAGAGCAUUAUGCACGAUGUCCUUCUCGAAGUCCACCAGGAUGAAAAGGUGGCACGUAUGCAGACAGCCGUCAUCGAGCUCGAGGACCGGGCCAAUAAACUAGGGAGGAAGCUCAACCAGGAUCCUACGGAUACCCAAGACUCCGAGGGUCAUGAGCCGGUCGAAACAAAAGCUGCCACCCGAGGCCCCAAUGGUAUCCAACUGAAAGGAAACCCCAUGAAAACUGUAAAACAUAUUCGAUGUCCAAACUGCCGCCUUCGCCGCCUGCUCUACCCACGAGUCGGCUUCAAUGCGAGACCUGUGCCGGAUGCUACGGAGCAGUACUGCAAGCAAGAGCCAAUGAUCAUAAUCGACAAGCACGAUGUCCAUGGGCAACGCAAGAAAGGCGUCAAAGUCAAGGGCCAGGCCAAAGGAAAGAACAAAAAGAAGAACGAUCCGCCCUCCCCCGCGUCUGAGAAUUCGGAUCCGUUAACACCACUGUCGUCCAUGCCCGACUCGUUCGAGUUCAAAGAGAUCGACUUCCCGGCCGCUAAAUGUCCCAACCGUGAGUCCCAUCUAGGCGAUCAUUGGAAGGCUGUCAACAUUUUUGCCACGCAUCUGAACGGAAGCUGCUAUCUCAAGCGUGACAGGGUAGCAGGCAGAGAAGCCAACGCUAAGAUUGGCGGCACACCACGCGAUAGCCGGGCAAAUUCCCCCAAACCUGCAGCAGCAAACGGCGUGAAACGCAAGGCUGCCGAUGACGAGGGGCCAGCACCGACAAAGAAAAAGCAGAAGACCGCCGAGCUCAAAAAGAACGCCAAGAAUGCGGUUGGUGCUCCUAGUAAGCUUCGCGAGACCUCAACGAAUGCAGACGACAAGUCGAGUGAGACACCCAUCAAGACCGAAAUAAAUGGCGACACGAUUCAAGUUACACCAAAGGCUCGAGAUGAAAGCGGUGAGCCGUCCGUCAAACUGAAGUUCACCGGGCUGGGAAGUGGUAAAGAGGCAAAAACCAAGGGGAAGCCUGCAAAAAAGACCUAG